UCCAGAGCGCACGGACUUUACGCGGGACAUGUACUGGGACACGGCCCUCAAGCCCACAGACAGCAAGAGAAAGAUGGAGGUUUGUCAAAGUGGAUUCUACAGCGAAGAAUACAGGACUCAAGAGGUCCCAGUCGGACUGGACUUCACAGCCUAUGACUUUGGUGGUGAAGAACUGUCUUUUCUGUUAGACCCCAGUAAGUCCGGACCAGAAUCCAGUCUGAACGAGAUCCAGGCCAAACCAAACCAGGUCUACAGCAGCAAAGUGAAUUCGGGCGAUGGACACCUCUAUAACCUGGACGCCUGUCAGGACUUCAGCUGGUGGAGCUCAUAUCCAAACGAGGCUGUGAGUGUGGAGCAGUCCUUCCAGGAUCCAGGAGCGGGCCUGUCGUACCAGAGCCUCGUCCCCCAGAGCAGUCACUUCAGCCCGGCCGCCGAGUGCAGCCAGAGCCCCUACAGCUCCAGCCUCUACAGCUCCAGCCCCUCCAUCGGCUCUGGACAAGGUGUCAGUGAGCAGUCCUACUCAUGUCCGGACUAUUGGCCCGAUUACUCCGCCUCCGCGUCCUCUUUCACCUCUCCUCCUCCCUCUCACCCCUCUCACCCCCCUCACCCUAGCCCCAGUCCUGGGACAGUCCACUCAUACUGCCCUCGUGUGGCCAAGCGCAAAACUGCAUCCACAUCGGCGCACAGAGCAGACAGAGAGGGGCCCAUCACUGCCAUGUCAGCCUAUCCAGGCUCGGGUCCGAUCCAGCUGUGGCAGUUCCUCCUGGAGCUUCUCCUGGACCCCUCAUGUCAAAGCUUCAUCUCCUGGACCGGAGACGGCUGGGAGUUUAAGAUGUCUGACCCCUCUGAGGUGGCCAAGCGCUGGGGUCAGUGCAAGAACAAGCCGAAGAUGAACUAUGAGAAGUUGAGUCGUGGUUUGCGUUACUACUACCACAAAAACAUCAUCCACAAGACGGCCGGGAAACGCUACGUCUACCGCUUUGUGUGCGACGUGCAAGGCAUGCUGGGUAAAACCGCACAGGAAGUGGUCAGCAGCGUCAACAGCCCGGCCCCCACUGUGACAUCAUCGACGUCAGACAGCCACUGGAGCUCGUAGUGACGACGUAAAGGGACUGAGGAGCAGACAGGAGUAUAAGCUAAACAAGGUCUGAAGAAAAGAUAUAGAGGAAAAUGUACUAUUGUGCCAAAGAACUACAGACUGAACCGGGACUACAACCGGACCAGAACUGGACCAGAAAGGAACUUAAACAGGACUAAAUUUGGAACAGGUCAACAACAGAUGUAAACAAAGGCUAAACUUGGAUUUUAAACUGGACUAAAUCAGGAUGAAAAUAAGCAAAAUAAAACCAGGUCUAACUCACAAUGAAACCAGGAUUAAACCAGGUCUAAACCAGGUCUAAACCAGGACUAAACCAGGUCUAAACCAGGUCUAAACCAGGUCUAAACCAGGUCUAAACCAGGACUAAACCAGGUCUAAACCAGGACUAAACCAGGUCUAAACCAGGUCUAAACCAGGUCUAAACCAGGUCUAAACCAGGUCUAACUCACGAUGAAACCAGGCUUAAACCGGGUCUCAAACAGGACUAAAUCAGGACAAAACCAGGUCUAAACCAGGACUAAACCAGGACUAAACCAGGACUAAACCAGGACUAAACCAGGACUAAACCAGGACUAAACCAGGACUAAACCAGGUCUAAAACAAUUCUAAACCAGGUCUAAACUAGGACUAAACCAGAAUUAUCUUGGACUAAACCAGGACUAAGUAGGUAACAACAGAACUAACAGUAGGCAUAAAUAAACCCAUGAUUACAGCAGGGACAAAUAAAACCAGGACAAAACUAGGAUUAAUUUGAACUAGGACAUAAGUGGACUUCAGCUGAACUAUAAACUACCAGAGCUAAACCAAGACUUAAAAUGGACUAAACAUGGACUGAACUUGGACUAGAACUGGGACAAACAAAAUCAGGUCUGACCCAGGACAAAACCAGGAUUAACUUGGACUAAAUUAUGACAUAAAUGGACUUCAGCAGACCUACAGGACCACCAGAGCUAAACCAGGACUAAACUGAGACUGAUUCUGCACCAAACCAGGUCUAAACCAGGACUUAUUCUGAACUAAACCAGGACUAGUAAAAACACUUGAACCUUGUAAUACUCCUGGACUCCACCGGGGGGCGCACACCAGCUUGAGAACCACUCACUUAGACUUCUCAGGGUUAAAGCACUACAUAAAAACUGUCUGUCUCAAAACGUUUUGUAAAUGUGUAAAUAAUUUUGUAGAGUUUUGUGCAUUUAAGUAUGUUUUUGAAUACAAAACUCGGUCUACCUCUGUAUGAGAAGGAUUUACUGUGUCUGCA